AUGGAUUGUGAACCACCAACAUAUCUUUCCUACUUCUCUAUGAUUGCAUCAAUGUGCCUCUCGUGCAUUACCAUCGCGGGAAACCUUUUCGUCUUGUUGGCAGUUUAUCAAGACCCUUACAAAGAACUGCGCAAACCUUUCACUGUCUUAAUCGCUAACCUGGCACUGGCAGAUUUGACCGCGGGCGCCAUAACAGAACCAAUGGCGGUGUACUUCACAUAUCAGGAAGUGCAAGGAAGUGUAGUAAAUGAUCUGGCCGUGAAUAUUACGCAUUUGAGCUAUUUCAUGUCAUGCACUACUUCAGUAUUAACCCUUAGUGUUCUUGCAAUUGAUAGAUAUCUAGCCAUAUCGUAUUCUUUGUGGUAUAAAUGUCAUGUCACUUUGUCUUGCACCAUAAAAAUCUGCAUGGCUUUAUGGAUCAUGUCUGUGCUAUUAUCACUGACAUAUAUCAAGACAGGUUAUAUCAAUUUUGCGUUUGUUUUUGCCAACACAGCAGUGCUUAGUACAGCAUGUGUUCUAGUUUUCGCUUAUUACCGAAUAUUUAAAUCUCUCAGGAUUCGCACGAUUCAAGUGGGAGUCUUACACGAGGGUAGAAGUCAACGGUGCGAAAGGCAGAAGUCACUGCUUUUAGAAAGCAAAUUAACCAAGCUAUACUUGAUGAUGUUGGGGAUAUUUUUGUUGUGUUUUGUCCCUUCUUGUUUGUUCAUCUAUGUUUUGUAUUGCUGUUCUCUGUGUGAUUGUUAUGUCAUUCACUGGUUGAGAGACAUAAGUUUCCUGCUCGUUUUAAGCAACAGCUCCCUAAAUCCAAUCUUGUACAGCUUACAACUGAAAUCUUUUCGUCGGGUUUAUAAAAGUAUGUGCAAAUGUUGGAAGAAAAACCGUGUGAGGGCAGUUAUGGGACAAGGGACCUAA